AUGCUGAAGCCUGGUGACCCCGGCGGAUCCGCGUUCCUCAAGGUGGAUCCCGCCUAUCUGCAGCACUGGCAGCAGCUUUUCCCGCAGAACAGUCAGCUCAAGAGCAGCGGGGCCCUCGCCCAGCUCCAGCCGCCCGAAAGAGCCGAACCUUCGGCUGAUAGUCUCCGCCAGCGCCCGGCCUCCCUCUCCUCCUCCUCCUCCUCUUCCUCAUCUACUCCGUCUUCCUCCUCCACGUCCUCUUGCGUCGCCGCCGCAGCAGCUUCUCUGGCCGGCCUGACCUCCCUGCCGGUGCCCCAGCUCCCGGUCUUUGGACCACUUCAGAGCUCCGAGCCCCCGGCCGGGGGAGCGCCCGCUCCCCUUCAGGGCAAGGACUUGUGCGGGGCCGGCAGCGGCGGCAGCAAAUGCGGCGAGCGCGGGGCCGCUCGAUUUCGGUGCACGGCCGAGGAGCUGGACUACUACCUGUACGGGCAGCAGCGCAUGGAGAUCAUCCCUUUGAAUCAGCACACCAGUGACCCCAACAACAGAUGUGACAUGUGUGCCGAUAACCGCAAUGGUGAGUGCCCCAUGCACGGGCCCCUCCACUCCCUGCGCCGUCUGGUGGGCACCAGCAGUGCUGCUGCAGCUGCCCCUCCACCUGAGAUCCCAGAGUGGCUCCGGGACCUGCCCAGGGAAGUGUGUCUGUGCACCAGCACAGUGCCUGGCCUGGCCUAUGGCAUUUGUGCGGCACAGCGGAUCCAGCAAGGUACCUGGAUUGGGCCCUUUCAGGGAGUCCUGCUCUUGCCAGAGAAGGUUCAAACGGGAGCCAUCAGAAACACUCAGCAUCUGUGGGAAAUAUAUGACCAAGAUGGGACACUGCAGCACUUUAUUGAUGGUGGGGAACCCAGUAAGUCAAGCUGGAUGAGGUAUAUCCGAUGUGCAAGGCACUGUGGAGAACAGAACUUAACAGUGGUUCAGUACAGGUCAAAUAUAUUCUACCGGGCUUGUAUAGACAUCCCAAGGGGCACUGAACUGUUGGUGUGGUACAAUGACAGCUACACAUCUUUCUUUGGCAUCCCUCUCCAGUGCAUUGCACAAGACGAAAAUUUGAAUGUCCCUUCGACUGUAAUGGAGGCCAUGUCCAGACAAGACACCCUACAACCAUUUAAUAAAAGUAGCAAACUAUCCCCUGCCACUCCACAGCGAUCCAUAGUAUUUCCACAGACUCCGUGUAGCAGAAAUUUUUCUCUCCUGGAUAAGUCUGGGUCCAUCGAGUCAGGAUUUAACCAGAUCAGUGUCAAAAACCAGCGAGUUCUUGCAAGCCCAACUUCAACAAGCCAACUAAAUUCUGAGUUCAGUGACUGGCAUCUUUGGAAAUGUGGGCAAUGCUUUAAGACUUUCACCCAGCGGAUCCUCUUACAGAUGCAUGUGUGUACGCAGAACCCUGACAGGCCCUACCAGUGUGGUCACUGCUCCCAGUCUUUCUCCCAACCUUCAGAGCUGAGGAAUCAUGUAGUUACACACUCCAGCGACAGGCCUUUCAAGUGUGGCUACUGCGGUCGUGCCUUUGCUGGUGCCACAACACUCAACAAUCACAUCCGGACACAUACUGGGGAAAAGCCCUUCAAGUGCGAGAGGUGUGAGAGGAGCUUCACACAAGCCACCCAGCUGAGUCGACACCAGAGGAUGCCCAAUGAGUGCAAGCCAAUAACAGAGAGCACAGAAUCAAUUGAAGUGGAUUAA